AUGGUCUGUAAUGCGAAGAGGGCUAUUAUUGCUAGUAGACUGAAGACUAAGUUUACUAAGAGGGCACAUACUGAGAUUGAACUGACAAAGGAGAAGGCAAAAGAUUGCAGAAGGUACUUAGCAUGUGGAAAUUUGCAUGAGAUUGAUCAUCAUAGUGUUACAUAUAGUGUGGACAUGAACUUGCGAACAUGCGGCUGUAUGAAAUGGCAGGUGACAGGAAUUCCUUGUAUACAUGCUGCAUGUGUCAUGAUUGCAAAGAAGAUUAGGUUUGAUGAUUAUGUGGUUGAUUACUACACAACAAGAAAGUGGCGGCAAACAUAUAGUCGAGGAAUCAAACCUGUCCAAGGCAUGAAGUUAUGGUCUAGAUUAGGUAGGAUAGGAGUUCUGCCACCACCAUUUGGAGUAGGAAAUCGUGGAAGACCAAGUAAUCAUAAUAGGAAGAAAGGUCUUAAUGAAUCUUCAUCUUUGUCCAACAAGAACAAGUUAAGCAGGGACAAACGUAUCAUGACUUGCUCUAACUGUCGAGAAGAAGGUCAUAACAUACAAACUUGUGCUAAUGAGAGGGUCGAGAAUGCGCCCAAAAUACCAAGAGGUCGACCAAGAAAAGAAAUUUCGAGAGAUCUAUCUCAAGCACAAGGACCAUCUAAAGGACCAUCUCAGCCCCAAGUGUGA